GGGUCCCGAACGCAGCACGACGACCGCUGAGCUGCCUCCGAAACCCCGAGGCGUCCCGAACUCAGCACGACGAGCGCCGAGCUCCAGCGGUUGCAGCGCCACUGACGGCCGGCAGGCGGCAGCAGGUGAACCCACAAGUCCCACACACUCGAGACAUGUGGCCGAGACUUUUUGAAAGCAACAUUGAGUUUUUAGGGAAAAGAAACCACCAGAACUACUCUAGUUCCCCGACACCUCCAAGCCGGAGCCUGGCCCCAGAUCCUGAGCCGCUCAGGAGCCCGGCAGCGCAGACCCACUCGCAAGGCUUUCGCGGUCGUCAGGGCAGACAGCGGGCCGGAGAUGCCUGGCUCUGGAGAUGGUAGCCAGCGGUGUCCAGAUGCAUCAGAGGACGAGGAGGAGGUGGAGGAGGUGGAGGAGCAGCAGGUGGAGCGAUGCCCCAUCUGCCUGGGGGUCCUCCCUGGGUCCGGCCUCGCCAUGCCCGACAGCUGCACCCACCUCUUCUGCCUGGAGUGUCUGCUCACCUGGGCGGAGUCCCAGACGGUUCCUUCCUGUCCAGUGGACAGACAGCCUUUCCAUAACGUUUACAUGUGGGACCACCCUCAGGGCUGCGUUCAGGUGCCAGUGAGGAAGCGAGCCAGCCAACCAGAUUCCGAGAGAUGUUUGUGCCGGAGUCCAGAACCAAGCCCUUGUUUGAAGAGUAAACAAGGCAGGCGCGUGCGGAGGCAUAGUGACGAGUCGGACGCUAAAUCUAAAGGACUCGUGAGGAAGUGUAGCGAUGAGGACCCAGCCUCCAUGAACAGAAAAAAGGUGAGGGGAACCCGCUGCCCCGUCUGGGCCCCUGCCCCGCUGGCCCCCAUCCAGGGCUCGCUCUCACAGGACCUAACAGAUCCUCUGUGGGUGACGGAGGAGCUGGCCAGAGGACCCGAGGGAGGCCAGUGUAAACGACAGCUUCAGGACUGUCCCUGGCUGGGCUCGGAGGCCCCCAUACCCGCCAGCGGCCCCACCAGUGCUGCUGUUUCCAGGCAGAGGUUUCCUGCGUCAAACUGGAACCAGUGUCCGUUCCAGUCGCCCCCGGUCACCUUGGACUUCAGCUUCGCCCCCUCCUUCGGUCCAGGACGCACUCCCGCUCCAAGUCCCGGGCAUUUUGUAUUCCAGGGGCGUGUCUGCGCGGUCACAUGCCCCAAGGGCGGGGACAAACGCGGCGGCCGAGCCUCGGGCUCCAAAGCCCCGCCGAAGCAGGCGGCGCCGUCCCGGCGUUCCGGCCGCAACAGCCGGUCCCAGGAGGAGGCCCCGCUGUCGGACCCCGGCUCCUCCCCGCCCUCGCCGCCCCGCCCCGCCGACUCGGACUCCUCGUCCUCCGGGGCCCCGCCCCCGCCCGGCAGGACGGCCCAGGGGCCCGGCAAGAGGAAGGGCCGGAAGGCGCCGAACCGGAAGACCGGGAAGAAGGGAAAGGGCCCCGGGAAGGGGAAGGCGUCGGCCCCGGUGCUGAGCUCGCCGUCGGCCAGCGAGGAGGAGGAGGAGGAAGAGGAGAAGGAGGACGGAGGGGGAGACCACCACCAGGAGGAGGAGGAGGAGGAGGAGAAGCAGGGAGGUGCUGCCGAGGGGAGUUCCCCACCGAGGCCGGCGGUCUACUCUGACUCGGACGCAGAGGGGAGCCCCGAGACGAGGCCGCUCCCCAGCCCCGGGAGCCCGGACCUCCCCUCCCACCCCUUGGAGACCCCCGACGAGACAGAGGAGGCCCCUAGCCCCCCGGAGGAGAAGCAGGAGGAGGAGGAGCCAGAGGAGAUGGAGAACAAGGAUAAUGAGGAGGAGGAGGAGGUCGAGGGGGAGAGCCACUCGUUGCCGGCGAGCUCUCCCCCACACAGCCCUGGAGAUGUUUUCUCCAAAGACGACCAGGAGAAGGAGGAGGAGGAGGAGGAGGAAGAGGAGGAGGUGCCGGUGUGCAGCCCGGGGUCGGAAGGAGCGUACUCCCCCCAGGGGGAGAGGAACGCCCGGCUCCCCGGCGGCUCCCCCGGCGGCUCCCCGGGGAGCCCCCCCUCGCCCGGGUCGGACUCCGACGGCCAGGACCAGACGGACGCCGCGGCCGCGGACGUCAAGCGCGACACCCCGACGGACGAGGACCCGAAGGCGGUCCGCGAUCCGUCCCCCGGCCCCGAGACCGCCGGCCCCGCGGGGGGAGCGCCCGGGGAUAAGACCCCGGAGGACGCGCCCUCCGACGACGACACCAACGUGGUCCCCAUGGACUGCAGCCCGCCCGGCAGCCAGCCCGCCGCCGACGACCCCAAGAAGGGGUCCGCCUCCCCGGGCGACAAAGACCCGGCGGUGUCGCCCCCCUGCGGCGACGCGGCCGCCGAGCGGUCCAGGGAGAGGAGCCGGGAGCGGGAGAGGAGCCAGGAGAAGAAGAACGGGCGCCAGCGGCGGACGCGCUUCCACUCGCCCUCCUCCACCUGGGCCGGCAAGGCGGAGGGCCGGCAGGACCCGUCCUCCCGGCGUUCCCGCAGCCCCCCCCCCGCCGCCGACGGCAGCCCGCCCUCCCGCCGCUCCUCCCGCCCCCGCAGCCGGGAGCGCGAGCGCGAGCGGGAGCGGGACCCGCCCCGGAGGGACCGCAGCCGCGAGCGCAAGAGGAGGCGGUCCAGGUCGCGCUCCCGCUCCAGAUCCAAGUCCCGCUCCCGCUCCAGGUCCCGGUCGCGGACCCGGGCCCACCGACGGGGGUCCAGCCCCGACCGGCCCGCCUCCCGAGAGCGCUCCCCGCCAAGGGGUGAGCGGGGGAGGGGGACGGCGUGGAGGGGCAGCCGGGGGGGGGACUCCUGGAGGGGCCAGGGCGGCGGCGGCGGGGGGAACUCUGAGAACGGCUCGGCGGCCGACGCCUCCCCGGAGCGCCCGCCCCGCUCCCGGGACCCCGACUGGGUGGCGGAGCAGCGUGGGGGCGCGGCGCCGGCGGCCCCCUGGGAGGGGGGCUCCGGGUGGCGCGGGGGGGCGUCCGAGCGGGGCCGCGGCGGCGGCGGCGGCGGCGGCGGCGGUGGUCAGGGUGGCUGCAACCGCUCGUCCUCCGGCCAGCAGGGGGACAGCUGGGGGGGCAGGAAGAACUUCCCCGGGGCCGGGAACGGGUCCGGGGGUGACGCCUACAGCCGCUUCAACGAGAACCGCGGGGGGGGCGGCGGGUGGCGCAAGGACAUGGGGGACCGGGGGGACUCCAUGCUGGACCGCUCGGGCUGGUCGUCAGAGUCCAGCUGGGCGGUGAGGAAGACGCUCCCGGCCGACGUCCAGGACUACUACUCCAGGAGGGGGGGCCGGGGGGGCGGCGGCGGCGCCGGAGGGGGGGGCUGGAACCGCACGGAUGAGGAGCCAGCAGACCCCUUCAAGAGCGACGCGGCCCCCCAGGCCGGCGUGCCCGGCAACGCCCCCGGCGGCAACCCCCCCCUGCUGCCGCUGCCCCUGCCCCACCCCCCCCAGACGGGGCUGCUCCACAACCCCUACACGGCGGGGGGGCAGCGGGGGGCCCCGCCCAUCAGCCUGCAGCCGGCCGCGCCCUACGCCAUGGCCCCCCAGGUGCCCGUGCACAUGCACUCCGCCGUGCCUCACUUCCAGGCGCCCGGCGCGCACGGCCUCCCCCCUCCCCCGCCGCCGCCGCCCCCCAUGCACCACGGCGGGCUGACGGCGGCCGCCGCCCAGCCGGACGGACACGGGGCCCAGAUGAGCGCUGGUCCGUUGGCCUUCGGGAACCCCCCUCAGACGGUCACCCAGACUAAAGUGGGUGGCCCCCCGCCCCCUGUCCAGACCCACCCUCUCCCCACGUCCACCACGCUGCCCGGCCAGCCCUCCAAGGCCCGGGGGACCGGGGACGGCUCCCAAAAGGAGAAGAAACAGCAGAUCCAGGAGAGGGCGGUGAACGCAGUGAAGAACGCCAUCAAGCCGUACUACCAGAAGAAGGAGAUCACCAAGGACGAGUACAAGGAGAUAGUCAGGAAAGCCGUGGAGAAGGUGUGUCACAGCAGGAGCGGCGAGGUCAACUCCAGCAAGGUGGCCAACCUGGUGAAGGCCUACGUGGAUAAGUACAAACACGCCCGCAAGAAGUGAGCCGCACCCGCCGGGGGUCAGGAAGCAAAAAAAAAAACACGAGAGAGCCGACGCACCCCUCCCAGACGGGCUGCAGUGGGCCGCCCCGUCGUCCGCGGCAACCCAGGGGCCCCGGGAGGGGGGGCGGGGGGACCCGUUCCGUUUUGAUAUCUGUACCUUUUCAUGGAAUGAAGAUUUAGUUUUUGUUUUAGUUUCUUUUCUUCUCAUUUUUGUUUCUAUAGAUUUUCACAUUUCGUUUGUAGAAAAAUUUUAUCUAAUCGUAAAUUGUAACGCGAGAGCCCUUUAUUUUGCAUAAAUGUCAACGCCUCAGGAAGACACCGUGGGCUAAGCCUCCUGAAACACUGCUUAUUCAAUUAUUAGUUUUUAAAGAAAUAUAUAAUGAUCAAAUCCGACGAGCGCUUGGUUUAAAGGACGCCAGACAUGCAUUGCCUUUAUUAAUCUACAGCCCGUGCGGAGGGGCGGGAUUUGCGUGGAUGAGUCUGGUUGGUUGGGAAGUCAGGAAAUAAUAAUGUAGCCAAUCAGCAAUGAGUGUUGUUUGACGGCCAAUCGCAAUCAAUGGUGUGUGGAAGGGGGCGGGACUUCAAUACAUGUGAUAAUUGUUGAUGGAAAACACGAACUGUGCAAAAAUCCCAGAGUAGUGAAAUAAAAUGGUUGUUUCCUGAGAGAACGUGUGGUUUAAUGAUGCGUUGAAACAUUCACACUGCUGGUAUGCCAUUUAAAGUUGCGUCAGAUGUCGUCUGUUUUUGAGUCACUAGGGAGCGGUCUUGCCCACUAAAACGUUUGCUUGUUUAUGGAAACGAAAGGCAAACUUUUUUUUAACGUUGUGAUAAAUCCUUAAUUUAAAGACCUUGAAGGUCAUGUUUUCAGAAAACCUUGGUGUGAGAUUUGAGCGGCACAUUGGUUGGGGGGGCCGGUCAGGGGCAUGCCCCAAGCUGAAGACAUGACUGCACACACCUACGCCCAAGUUUUAAUAACUUAUCUUUACCCAAACCUAAAACAAAUGUAGGUGUUCAAUGAUCACUGGGUAUAGGACUUUCUGACCCACACCGGACUUCCACUGUCAAAACAGAACACCCUCUUUGCGGCAGUAUUUGCUUUUCAGUUGUAAUAUACUCUUUUUUUUUUUUCUUUCUUUUUUUCUUUCAUCGCAGAAAAAGCCUUCCGUCUUCAAAACAUGCCCAUCGGUUUCCCAGAAACCCAAUUGCAUAUCCCAGAAAGCCACAUGUUUUUGACCAAAUAAAAACAUGGUUUAAAAUGCUGAAAAGUAGUUAAUAUAUAUAUUUUCUUUUAUGUUUGACUUUAUUUAUUUUAUGUUAUUAUUGAAUUGGUUGGUUUAAUGUAACCCACACCCCUUUAAUACAUUUUUGGGCGACUUUAACAAGUAUUACCCCGGCUGCCUUAAUUAACUAUUUGCGCCACUAUCACUUGCCAUAGCUUAUGACGAUGAAAAGCAAUUGACGUUUACCGCGUUAUUUAGAUUACGGUUAAUUCCUGUGAGCUGACAGGAUAACUAAAACGGCUUAAACCCAGUUUCAGCGUGCGGUCGCUGCAAGGGUUCUACGGUCACGCUAUCUUCGCUUUAAAAAGCGAUUGCGCAUCUACAUCUUUCUGUACGGUAAAGCGCUUUUGCUACGACAGGUCUUCUUGGUGCAUUCCAGUGCAACUCGUAAACUCAGGAAUGUGCAGCCGAAUGGCCACGAAAGUUGUGAUCGUGAAUGAUCCAUUUUCCCCUCAUUUUAAUUUGUUGAAGUACUUACCCAUUACCCAAUAUGCAAUUCAAUGUUAUCUUGACAUUCAAUUCACACAAUGACUUUGUUUUAAAAAAAAUCCCCUCAUAAGGUCUUGAACCCUGGUCUACCAAAUCAGCAGCUCUUACCACUUACAACCUUAUUGAGUAGUGUCGGAAAUACUUUUUUAUAUUCUGUGUGUGUGUGUGUGUGUGUGUGUGUGUGUGUGUGUGUGUGUGUGAGGAGGGUAAUUUGAGUGAGUCAGUGCGUGAGACUGGGCCCCUCUGACCUUAACGUAAUCGUAUGCAAACCAAUUUACGCUCAGUAAAUAAGAUCACCGAUGUUCCCACUGCGGGCGAGAUAAUGGCAGUCAGGAUUACUGGCUUGUCUUACGUUUGACCUCUAAAUACAUCCAGACCAUUUAGAAGUUCAGUGUUUCAGUUCAGAUGACGUCACAAUGAGCCAGAGAGCCGAGACCUAAGAUUAUCUUUGAUUUUUAAUAGGACAAUAAUUACAGGAUAUACAUAACGUUUCAUUGAAACAAGAGUGUAACACAGUGGGCCCUUCCUCCUCAACAUCAUCCUCCUCCUCCUCCUCUUCCUCCUCAGCGCGGCCCACGCGGUCAUCAGGUCGCAAACGGCGUGCUGUUUUUACACCACAGGUCUUGUGUUUCAAUCGGGGGCUUAAAACUCGGCCGUGUUUGAUGAGAUCGACAUUAACAACAUGGUAGUGGGAGAGGGUUUGGGGGGGGGGGGGGGGGGGGGGGCACAUAA